AAUGGCGUAUAGCGGAGUAGCAGCACCAGUGAACAACUGCUGUCGGUUUUGCAGCAAAAACCUGAUGAGCCACGGCGCUCUUAGUAAUUCCGCAAAUAUUUUUUUACGACGUAGUCAGGAAAGGUCCGUUUUUGAGAGGCUUUCGGCUCUCGGUUUGACGAUAAGAAACGUCAAGGAAAAGUCGAUGCGGACGUGCAAGAGUUGUGUAAAUGUGAUCGGACGACUGGAACGAGACAUGGUAUCAUUUAAAAGAUGGCAACUAGAAGAAGAAGCUGAAGAAACAGACGAAAUUGCAACAACAUCAGCUUCAUCUCCAUUAAAAAGUGAAACAAGAGAGCACUCAAUAUCAGAAACACCGAGGGCAGUGGAGACGGUUCUCCAUAACCGUGAAACUCCCACCCAGGUGUCAGCGCAGCGGAGCAUUACACAGGAAUGUCGUAUGAAUGCCAAUUGUCAAGUAAUGCCAAUCGUAAGACAUGUGGCCUCUCAGACGGAUACCCCAGACUUUGGAUUCCCCAAGAUGAGAUCAGUCGGCACGCAGCUGUCCAUGAAAACUUUGCAAAAUCACGUCCGAAGUACAGCAACCCAGGUGAAAAUGUCCAGCAGAGACUGCGGCGUGUGCACCAUCACCCUCCCCCUGAAUAGUCGAUUGCUGUUUCUACAACCGACCCUGGUAAAGAGACCGUCCAAAAGACCUCGACUCAGUGUUCCAGACGAGGAAGAAGGCCCAUCAGAUAGGAGCAUAUCUACAGUAGUUCACAAAUCAGAGGAUUCAACAUGAAGGUGUUUGUGGUUUAGCAUUUGUAUUUCUUUUACCUUUUCAGCAAUUUCUUCUUGGAAAGGAGCUUGUGAAUGACAGACCGAAACAAACAGCAUAUAUCAAUAAACUGUUUUUCCGUGGUGCUGGGAAGGACUUUAUGCCUAGCUCCAAAUCAGCAAAAUUGCACAAAAAAGCUUCUCAAACAGUUGCAUCUUUUACUAGAUGCACGUGGUGCAGCUUCACCAAAAAAGAGUAAAGAGCUCUUUCUGUAAAGUGUUUAAUUUACCCAAUUAUGCUCCCCUCCUUGUUGGGAAUAAUUCAAAACACCCUGGUUCUCAGAGGAAAAAAACACUAUCGACAAAGAUGCUGGCUUCAGAUCAGCUGAGUUGCAGAACUGCUACAUUUGUGUAAUCACACUGCCAGCCAAAACACCAUGUGUUUUUUGAUAAUGGCCACAAAUGCAGAGACAUGUGUAAUGUAAUGUUGAUAGGAUUGAGAUAUGUGAAGAGAAUUAGCAGUUGCAAGUUAAGAUCAGUCACGUGCAGCUGCUGAUUAAAAACAAAAAAACAUCACAGCAGAUAAGCACUUAACAUCAGUGAUGCAUUAGGGGAGAAAGUAGGUUGGAGCGUUCCUGAACUAAAUUCCAGAGCUGAUGCUUGUAAAAUAAUUUAAAUAAAUAAAAAGCACUAUGCCAAAACACUACAUUAAACACGGUUGGAGCCAUGGCCGAGGCAAGCUGGACAGUGUGUGUGUGUGUGCGUGCAAGCAAGCUCCAGUCUGUCAACAUGAGAGCAAGAAUGAAAAUCUUAGUGUUUUAUACACACACACAACUGGUAAGAAACUGGCUUAAUGCCAGGAAUGCAGUGAACUAGGAUUUUGGAGUGUGUCAAGUGCCAAGAAAUGAUGUUACCUGCUUUAAAGGUGCCUGGAUGCCAAAUUAUUUACAGUCUAAUGGGUUGGGAAACCACCUUAACCUUUUCAAGUUCUCAUGUUUCCUCAAUAUUCCUUCUGAUAUACUGUAUAGAGGUCCAUGCUUUCAAAUCCCAGACUCACCAGAAAAAAGAAGGUAUGCAUAAAGCAACUGCCUUUUGAAGUGUCCUUUUCCAACAAAUGUUCAGCUGCUCCAUUAAAGUUAAUACAAAUAAUGGACUUUGAUUGUUUUUAGGCAGCUAAUUCUUGUAUCUGUUCAUGAUUUUAUAAAAGGGCCUGUUUCUUAUCUGUAUGACUGAAGGUUUAGAUGGUUGUCGUUUUUUUAAACUGUCUUCAGGUUUUACAUUAUUUUCCUUAAAGCUGUAAAAUUUUACUUCUGCAAGAAGUACAUAGUGAUGAUGAAUAUCUUAAUCUCCAACAGAAACAAUCACAUAUAUAGAUUAUGUGGUAAUACCCAUAACUGCUACACAACAUUGUAAUAAGAAUGGAGGUAGACUUGGCUAAACAGUUGGCCUGCAUCAAGACUGACUGGUGUCCACUGGUAAAAUAUUAGCCAUCUUUUCAAGGUUUGAUUCUCUUGGUAUGACUUAACUCUGCUCUACUUUGCUUUCCACUCCCGAUUCUGUUUCCUCAGAUGUUUAUUACUUUGCUAUACAUUGAUCUGGUUUAUAUACAACACUAAACUACUCUGGUUGUUGAUCGGUACUAUGAGUUUAGUGUCCAGCUCUGAAUACAUUUAUUUUGAGUAAACUGGAUUACAAAGCUUGGCACUGAUCAGAGAAGAAAAACAACCACAGGCUAAAUCUGUUCUCUCAUUUUAAAAAGUGAGCUCUUUGAUUUGUUAGUGAACAUUGAUAUGCUACCUGUACGUACAUCUGUGUGAUGUUUGUUUAGUAAUGCGUUUCCAUAGAUGUGCAGCCUGAGUUGGCUGCAGUUAACUUGGGGUGUUGGGGUGUGUGGGAGUUUGCAAGGCUUUGUCAUUUCCACAGAAGAAAGUUCUGACUAUUCAACGCUCUGCAUUGUUUUCAUGUCGUUGUCAUCUCAGCUUGUCCUGGAUAUUAUGUUGGUAACUGUUGGUAACAAGUACUAUCUGUAGUGGAAAACCAAGACAAAUACAGAAAAGUUGAGACAAACCAUGCUAAAUUGAAAAAUAGUUUCAUAAAGGUUGCAGGUUCAUUCACAUUUUAUUUUUAUAAAAAAAAAUAUGUAUAAAACUGUUGUAAUAAAACAAAGUCCUGUUUUACUAAUUAUGACUGAUUGAUUUAGAGAUGUUCUGAAUUGUUUUGUUUCUGAUACCUAACCUUUGGGUACUGGCUGCUGGUGAGUACUGUCCUGAAACCAAUAUCUUUUGUUUCUAUUUAUUAUUUUGUAUUAUCCCAUUUAUUUUUUUAAACACCAUACUACUUUUUAUUGCACAACACAAAAUAAAGAAUAAUU